CCUCAACACCACACCGAGCCCAACUGCUCACCAACCACUCGCUCCACCACUCAUUCAUACUUUGAGAAAUGCCCUCAAAUCGGUCCAGAGCUCGUGCAAGCCAGCCACAGCCUCCGCCGCAGCCCUCCGACUACGAGACCGAUGCCCCGCCCAUGGUAGAGGCGCCUCCUCCACCGCCGGAGCGCUCGAACGAGGAGCUCAAUCUUUCCGUCAUUCGUCGCCACUACCCCGAUGUCACGUCAAUUCGCUAUGUCGCGCCCUACGCCGUCCUUUACGCCUUCAGCAUCGACUCGCGCCAGUGGGCAGGCAUGAACAUAGAAGGCACGCUCUUCGUCUGCGAACUAGUGCCGUCUCCGAUUGGCACCGAGCGCUACUCAGUUGUCAUACUGAAUCGACGCGGCCUGGAGAACUUCGCUAUGGAAAUAACCGGCCCCGAGCAAAUCGAUAUCGAUGAGGAGUACAUCAUUAUGCAGGGCGACCCUGUUUACGGCUUGUGGAUCUUCUCGGAACCGCCGCCGAGCAGCACACAGAACACACGCGCCGAGACCCAAGCGCGGAUCAUGGAGCUGGCAGAGCGGGCCAAGGCGAGCCGGGAGGGAAAGGAACGGGAAGAGCAGGAUAGCGAAGCAGCGGAUUCUGAUCAGGUAGAGACUUCUGUUCCCAUGGGGCGGCAGUUGUCGUUGCGCGAGCUCUUCGGACAGCAGCGGGCGCAGGAUUCUGCUUGGAGUGUCCACAAUCACCACAGCUCGCAUCCAAAUUCGCAGGCGCUCACCCAGCCAGCCUUCAUGCCGACACCCAGUCCACAGCCAGCACAGAUCGAUGUGCUGAAUCAGCUAUUUAUGAAGGCUAAACAGGACUAUAACGGCUUGGGCUGAACUCUGCAUUAGGUGUCAGACGAGACGAUUGUCCCGAGCGUGGUACUGCCAGAACCCAGCACUGAUCGCCAACCCGAUGCGGUGGACCGAUCCGAUAUUAUCGUCGAACAUUCCAACGCCGAGACACCAGGAGGCUCUAAGCCAACCAUGGGUUCUAAUAUUAGCUCUCUUUCAUCGAAUGAUUCUGCGGAUACUAUCGAUAUUUCUGA